CACGACACAUGCAUGUUCUCCCACUCAACGGUCAAGAUUCUCUCUAUCUCCUAUCCUUUUAUUCAACCAUCACCGUUCGAUUCAUCCAUAACACAUUCCACCUAUAACAACCAUGCUUUAAUAAAUAACCUUUCUCCAUUUUUCACUUCUCUCUCUCUCUCUGGUUUUCAUACAUACAUGUGACUCAAAGAACAUGAAGUGGUUUUGUGCCCUAUAAUGUAACUACUUUUCUGUUAAGCCUUAGAUUUUCUUAGAUCUAUCCAACUUCAAUCUUCUUUGUAGCUUUUCUUCUUAGCCCUUUGGUUUCUAACAUCAUAAUUUGUCUAAAAUUUAUCUUUUCUAACUGUAUUUAUCCGAUUAAAUUUGUCUUCUUUUUGGUCACUAUGAUGCAGAUCCAAACUCAAAAGAUGUUAAUUUUUCAAUUUUUUUAGUACGUUUGUCCUUAAAAAUUAUUUUUUUCACCUUCUAGAUCUCUCACCAUGUCCUAGUUUUGAAGAUUUUGUUAUUAUCUAACUCUAGUUUAAGUAAAGAUCUGUUUUUUCCACUCAAAGUUUUUCAAAAGGGUUUCUAUGUGUUUUAGAUCUUGUUUUUUUUUCCUUGUUUUAGAGUAUGAAAGUUUUCCAUGAAAGUUGUAGAAUUUGGAUCUCUUGACUGAGAGAGAGAGAAAUGAAUUAUUUUCCAGACGAGGUAAUAGAACAUGUGUUUGACUAUGUGGUGUCACAUAGCGACAGAAACAGUUUGUCUUUGGUAUGCAAAAGUUGGUAUAGAAUAGAGGGAUUUACAAGGAAAAGGGUGUUCAUAGGAAACUGUUACUCUAUUAGUCCUGAGAGGUUGGUAGAGAGGUUUCCUGAUUUCAAAUCUUUAACUCUAAAGGGAAAACCUCAUUUUGCUGACUUCAGUUUGGUUCCUCAUGGUUGGGGUGGUUUUGUUUAUCCAUGGAUUGAAGCUCUUGCUAAGAGUAGAGUUGGGUUGGAGGAGCUUAGGUUGAAGAGGAUGGUUGUGUCAGAUGAGAGCCUGGAGCUACUGUCUCGUUCUUUCAUGAAUUUUAAGUCUUUAGUUCUUGUUAGCUGUGAAGGGUUCACCACUGAUGGACUUGCUGCUGUAGCUGCAAAUUGCAGGUCUCUUAGGGAGCUAGAUUUGCAAGAGAAUGAAGUUGAAGAUCACAAAGGACAGUGGCUAAGUUGUUUUCCGGAAAACUGUACAUCACUCGUUGCUCUUAAUUUUGCUUGCCUUAAAGGAGAGAUUAACGUGGGAGCACUUGAGAGACUUGUGGCAAGAUCACCUAACCUCAAGAGUCUAAGGUUAAACCGUUCCGUGCCGGCUGAUGCACUUCAAAGGAUACUAAUGCGAGCGCCUCAAAUAGCAGAUUUGGGUAUUGGAUCAUUUAUCCAUGAUCUCAAUUCAGAGGCCUACAUAAAGCUUAAGAAUACCAUUCUUAGAUGCCGGUCAAUAACGAGUUUGUCCGGAUUUUUGGAAGUGGCUCCUUUUAGCCUUGCUGCUGUGUAUCCAAUUUGCCGGAACUUAACAUCCUUGAACUUGAGCUAUGCAGCAAGCAUUCAGGGCGCUGAGCUUAUUAAACUUAUUCGCCAUUGCGGCAAACUACAGCGCUUAUGGAUAAUGGAUUGCAUUGGAGACAAAGGACUAGUUGCUGUAGCUACUAUAUGUAAAGAGUUGCAAGAAUUGAGGGUAUUUCCAUCCGCACCAUUUGGAAAUCAAGCAGCUGUUACCGAAGUAGGACUUGUUGCGAUAUCAAAGGGAUGCCCAAAGCUCCACUCGUUACUCUACUUCUGCCACCAGAUGACAAAUGCUGCUCUCAUAACAGUAGCCAAGAACUGUCCAAAUUUUAUCCGAUUUAGGUUAUGCAUCCUCGAUGCAACAAAACCUGACUCCGACACAAUGCAGCCACUGGAUGAAGGUUUUGGGGCAAUCGUACAGUCAUGCAAACGACUGAGGCGGCUAUCACUCUCCGGUCAGUUGACCGACCAGGUCUUCCUUUACAUUGGAAUGUACGCGGAGCAGCUUGAAAUGUUAUCUAUUGCUUUUGCUGGCGAGAGUGACAAGGGAAUGCUCUAUGUAUUGAACGGUUGCAAAAAGCUUCGCAAGCUCGAGAUAAGAGACUGCCCUUUCGGCGACACAGCACUUCUGACAGACGUAGGGAAGUAUGAAACAAUGCGAUCCCUUUGGAUGUCGUCGUGUGAGGUGACUGUAGGAGCAUGCAAGACAUUGGCGAAGAAGAUGCCUAGUUUGAAUGUGGAGAUCUUCAAUGAAAGUGAACAAGCAGAUUGUUAUGUGGAAGAUGGGCAAAGAGUGGAGAAGAUGUAUUUGUAUCGUUCUGUGGCUGGUAAAAGGGAAGAUGCACCAGAAUAUGUAUGGACUCUGUAGGUGCAUUUUAGGUUCAGUUUAUUUUUUUCUAGUAUUAAGCUGUUUGUACUUUGUUUUAGGCUCUGACUGAUUAAUGCAAAAUUUUAGUCUCUCCGGAUAUGUACUGGUUUGUUUAUCCUUGCACUUUGCUAGUUUUGUUUUUUAUACAUAAAUAUUAGAUGGCACUUCAUUAA